AUGACAGCUCAGUUUGGUUUUGUGGUGCUCCGGACAUUAAAACUCCUUGUUCGAACCAUUAUUCUUCCCAUAGUAUGGUUGAUACGAGUGUUGACGGUCCCAAUCGGCUCCUGGUUCAGAAAUCUGGAUAAACGGUACAGAAUAGGCGACGACUGGUAUAUUGCAACAUAUUUUCUGACUGCAGUUCCCCGCUACAUAUGGAGCGUAUACCGAGGUAAAUUCCAAUUCUGGUACACCUUCAUGAAUAACGUCGAAAGAAAUGGCAAUCUACCCUGUAUUUCUUAUCCAAGGCCGCUCCGUGAGAAAGGUGAAUUCCAAAUGGAAUGCUAUACCUAUCGGGAUACAUACGAAAUUGUCCUUCGGCUCUCAUACCUUUUAUACCACAAGUAUGGCGUGAGAGAAAAUCAUACAGUCGCCUUGGACUACGCUAAUAAGCCGAUGUUCAUCUUCAUGUGGUUUGCGCUGUGGAAUAUUGGUGCAGUUCCGUCGUUUUUGAAUUACAACUCGGUAGGUGCUCCUCUUCUACAUUCCAUAAAGAUAGCAGAUGUAAGAGCAGUCUUUGUGGACUUGCAAGUUGCUGAUGGCAUAAAAGAAACCGAGGAUGCCAUACGCAGUGAAUUGCCACACGUCAAAUUAUACUAUCUCUCUGAUGAAGAAGUUUACACCACUAUCAUGGAUGUAAACUCUCCUCAAUUUUUGCAAGCUAUGGAAAAGCGCUCUCCGUCAUUUGGCACCGAUUUCCAGCCCGCAUGCUUGAUUUACACGUCUGGCACUACAGGAUUACCCAAGUCAGCUAUUAUGUCGUGGAGAAAAGCCGUCAUUGGCUGCUCCUUAUUCGGCUACAUCAUGAGAAUCAAGAAAGACUCUGUCGUUUUCACAGCGAUGCCACUGUAUCAUUCCACUGCAGCCCUUCUCGGGGUGUGUGCUGUGUUUUCGCAAGGCGGGUGCGUAGCCGUCUCGAAUAAGUUUUCAGCGAGCUCCUUUUGGAAGCAAGCAUACCUGACCAAGUCUACGCAUAUCCAAUACGUUGGUGAGAUCUGUCGUUACUUGCUGCACACGCCCAUUUCAGAGUAUGAAUCAAAGCAUUGUGUGAAGGUUGCCUACGGUAAUGGCUUGAGAGCAGACAUUUGGCAAGAAUUUAGGAAUAGAUUCAAUAUCGAGGUUAUCGGAGAAUUCUAUGCUUCAACAGAGGCGCCGUUCGCCACCACAACGUUCCAAAAAGGAGAUUUUGGCGUUGGGGCGUGCAGAAGUUAUGGAACCAUUAUUAACAAGAUUCUUUCAGUUCAACAGACCAUAGUUCGCGUCGAUCCCGAAGAUGAAAGCACGGUUUACAGAAAUCAUAAAGGCCUUUGCACGGUAGCACCAGUAGGUGAGCCUGGUGAAAUGUUAAUGAAAAUAUUCAUGCCCAAGAAACCAGAGGCUACCUUUCAAGGCUAUCUCGGAAACGAAAAGGCCACUAGAUCAAAGGUGUUACGCGACGUUUUCAAAAAAGGUGAUGCUUGGUAUCGCUCCGGUGAUCUUCUAAGAUCCGACGAAAACGGGCUGUGGUAUUUCGUAGAUAGAAUGGGUGACACUUUCAGAUGGAAAUCCGAAAACGUAUCUGCUACGGAAGUUGAGGACCAGAUCAUGGCCUUUGCUAGCUUACAGGUCGCUGCAGUCGUCGUUGUUGGUGUAAAGGUACCCGACCACGAAGGCAGAGCUGGAUUUGCAGUUCUACAACUAGCACCACAAGCUCGAAAUUUGCGUGGUGACAUGAAGUUCUUGAAUGCAAUGCUAUCAAAUCUAAAGAAAAGUCUUCCCAAGUACGCGCUACCCGUUUUUGUCAAGUUCGUCGACGAAAUUGAGCAUACCGAUAAUCAUAAGAUCAAGAAGAAAAGCUACAAAAACCAAGUUUUACCUCAUGGUGCUGGCGGCGAUGAGAUAUUGUAUUGGCUCAGCAAUUCAAACGAGUACAAACCGCUCACGAACGCCGACUGGAUCGAAAUCAACUCGGGUGCCGUCAAGUUAUGA